CAUUAUUCUGUGUACACAAUAAUCUAUUAACAAAAAUACUAUUAAAGCUAAUUCAUUUUGUCAGAAUACCAUCAAACUUUAUUCAUUCAACUUGAAAAUUGAAAUUCAUUAAGAUGAAAUUAUUUUUGAUUAGUAUAAUUGGCAUUUUCAGUUUGCUCGUUUCACAAGAAUAUGGUUAUACGGUUGAUAUCAAUGUGAAUGAUGCAAAACAAAAACAACAUUUAAUAACCAAACUUAAUUCAUUGAAUCAAUAUUUACAGUCAAGGGGGAUUAACAAACAAUUCACUGAAGACGAAUUCUACAAAAUCAUAUACGAUAGAUUAAACAAGCAUAUUGAAGACGAAAAAAGCGAUGUCCGCAUAAUUGAAAAAGAAGUCUCCAAACGUCCAGUGCAAAAGCAUGUAGAUAAUGAGACAUCAGACAGUAUGCAUGAUAAACAACCUAUUCAGAAAGAAGUCUCCAAACGUCCAGUGCAAAAGCAUGUAGAUAAUGAGACAUCAGACAGAUUUCAAUCCAUAUCAGAUAUUUUCAUCUUCAAUAAGCCGUGGAUUCCUUUAUGGAUUGUAAAUCCCCUAUACUACAUAACCGAGAAGUUCAUGCAAAUUAUGGCAUUUUUACUAGUAGAUGAUAAUAUUAGAGAACUCCAAAUGCCAGCAUACUAUUACGAUACAUCAAUAUGAGAGUGAAUUUAUUGCAGUAUAGUUAAUUCAACACAUCGGACGGUGUAGUUGACGGGCUCACUACUUCAGUGACUCGGGAUUUGAUUCCAAUUACAUCGUAUGAAUGUUCGUUAUUGAAUGAUUGCUGUCGAAAUAUAUAUGUCGCCUAUCCUCGUAUAUUUCAUCGAAUUAAAUCGCGUUAGUCAAUAACGGAAUUAAAUACGUCAAAUACGAGAAUGAAUUUCGAAUACGUACAUUUCAUACAAUCGUUGAUCCAGACAAAAUAUAGAGGAAGCAAAGAGAAGAGAGUGAAGCGAAAUAACGCGCGGUGGAUAAGGUGUGUGAGUGUGGUGUUUGAAUGAACUAUUGAUUCCUUUGUACUUGUUGAAUGCUUGAUUUCGAAUUCUAAAUACAGUACAUUCAUUUGUGGUUAUCUAGUACUUGUUGAUCUGAUUACGUUAUUUCUGGGAUUCUUAAUUCAUACUAUAAUUCAAAUACUCCUAAUCAUCA